CCACGUCGUUGGCUCGACCGGUCACGAAACACCCGCCGUCUCCCACCCACCACCUGCAGCUCCGACACCGGACCCGCAGAUCCGACGGCCCACGUUCGCCCCCUUUCCUCUUUUUAAGAGCGUCAAAAGUGUCUCUAAGCAUUUUCACUUCUCCCAUCGUUGUACCGAAAGCGAAGUCGAGCCAAAGACCAGAUGAGAUGGGCGGUCGUCGCCGGAGCGAAUGAUUGCUAGUGUCGAGAUUCUCCGGCGAGCCUAGCCGCUGAUGGAGAGCUUCGUCAAGCCGCCGGAGCACGAUCUCCGCCUCGCGUUGGACGGAUGCACGCUCAAGAGGAAGAGAGGAGUCCGGGAGCUGGCCUCUCGCGAGUCCGCUCCCGAUGGUUCGAAUCAGAAGAUGCCGGAUGUUCCUGCGGAUUCGGUGACGCCGCGCCCGGUGGAGUCGCCGUCCUCGAGCCGGUCGUCGGAGAAGGAGGAGGACGGGCCAAUAGGGCUGGUGCUCGGCGGCGGAGAAGGGGAGGGAGAUGCGCGGAGCCUGACGUGCGUGUCUCAUGGGUCGAUAUCGGUGAUCGGGAGGCGGAGGUCGAUGGAGGACGCGGUGACUGAGGUGCCAGGCGCGGUGGCCGGGAAGCUGGGCUCGUACGACUUCUUCGGGGUAUACGACGGGCACGGCGGCGCGAACGUGGCGAAUGCUUGCCGCGACCGGCUGCACAAGCUGUUAGUGAAGGAGAUGGAGGGGAGGACCGACGUCUGCUGCGACGGAGGUGGAGAGAGCGAGUGGAGGGAGGUGAUGGAGGCAUCUUUCGGGAAGAUGGACGAGGAGGUCGGAGGGAAGGGAGUGGACUCGUCGAUGAGGACGGCAGGGUCGACGGCGGUUGUGGCUGUGGUGGGGGAGGAGGAGAUUGUGGUGGCGAACUGCGGGGACUCGCGAGCAGUGUUGUGUCGCGGCGAUGUGGCCGUGCCCUUGUCUCGUGAUCACAAGCCUGACAGGCCAGACGAGAAGGAGAGAGUGGAAGCAGCUGGAGGAAGGGUCAUAGACUGGAAUGGAUCCCGUGUCCUAGGAGUGCUCGCUACAUCGAGGUCAAUAGGAGACUAUUAUUUGAAGCCAUAUAUGACAGCAGAGCCGGAGGUCACGGUAAGCAGGAGAACAGGGUCGGAUAACUUCCUCAUGAUAGCAAGCGACGGGUUAUGGGACACGAUCUCCAACGAGGUUGCCUGCCAGGUCGUGAGGAGAUGCCUCAGUGGACAAAUACAGAGGAGGUUCCCUGAGGAGCUGAGAGGAAGUAGCGCCGCCGAGGCGGCGGCAGUGCUAGCCGAGCUGGCCAUGGCCCGAGGUAGCCAAGACAAUAUCAGCGUGAUCGUGGUUGAGCUGAAGAAACCGAACUCGAAGAGUCCUUAAAAAAGAGGAGUUCCUCAUCAUUUGGGUGGGUUGUAGUGACCCUCCUGGCACCAUGUAAACUAGCAAAAUGUAAAUAGGUGCUCUGCGACUGAGAACGUUUCUUUAUGCCCAUAGCUGGGCUGUCAAUGUUCAUCUUGUGUGAUCUCUCUCGUACUAACUUUAAGUUGAAAUUG